UCGUGGCAACCGUAAACUAUCAAGAGCCGGCUGAGUUGACUGAACAUCUUUCCGGUGUUUACUGGACAGUUGCUGCCGUUUCCACCGUCCGUAACUUAGAAACUGACAGAGAACAAUGUCGGAUGCUGGAUCCGAUGAGUUUGAUGAUGACCGCAGUAAACUCGGGGAAUAUGAAGGGGGCAGGAAUGAAGCAGGAGAGAGGCACGGAGUGGGUAAAGCCGUUCUGCCCAACGGAGACACUUAUCAGGGGCAUUAUGAGAAGGGCAAAAGACACGGAGAGGGGACAUAUCGCUUCAAGAAUGGGUCAAAAUAUGUGGGAGACUAUUACCAGAACAUGAAACAUGGACAGGGCACCUUCUACUACCCAGAUGGCUCUAAAUAUGAAGGGUCGUGGGUUGAGGACCUGAGACAGGGUCACGGUGUCUACACUUAUCCCAACGGAGACACGUAUGAUGGAGAGUGGCUGCAUCAUAUGAGACAGGGCCAGGGAAUUUACCACUACCACGAAACUGGCUCCAAGUUCAAGGGCUCAUGGGUGAAUGGCAAGAUGGAGUCAGCUGGAGAGUACAUUCACUCUAACCACAGAUACAAGGGCAACUUUGUCAACAGUAAUCCGUACGGCCCGGGGAAGUACGUGUUCGACAUCGGGUGUGAGCAGCAUGGUGAAUAUCACCAAGCAGAGCAGGACCGAGCUGAGGGCGAGUGGGGCGAGUUGGCUUCCACCACUGUCCUCAAGUGGAUUCCCAAGUGUGUCACCGGCUUGACACAGUGGACUCCAGGCCAAGAGACUUCAGCCGGGGAAAAGGAAGCAGCUUCAGCAGAGGAGGCAGAGAACGUACCUGUGUGAUCAGUCCACAAUCCUGCAUCUUUCAACCUUUGUCUAAAAAGCAACAUAACAUAAAUAUUUUAAUAAAUAUGUCAAUAAAUAGUC